GUGGGAUGUGGAUAGGGUGGAAGAUCAACAGAUAGAUGAUAUUGAAAAAUGGUUUAAAAAUGCGCUAAAAUUACCAAGGGGUUUCCAUAUAGCGGAUAUCCAUACGCAAAAGAACUAUCAACAACAUUUACGAGGAGCUAACGUCACUUUAAUGGGUGGUAGAGAUAUUUCUAUUGGGCCAAGUAGGACAGCAUGUGUCUGGAUCAAAACUAAGAAAAAAGUGGAAGAUUUUAGCGAGGGUCAGACUAUAGGAGAGUUAUUCUUAAUAGAUAAACUCCAUCCUACAAGAGCAAUGACUGUCUUGACGGAUUGCAAUAACCAUUGGAACAUUUACUUCUUCCUGAUGACGAAAGAUGAAAAACAAUGCAUAGUAACAUGCAAUAUUGGUGAUCGUGGUGUUGCCUUGGUGAUAAUUAAAGAGUUUGUAUUUGAAGAAGGGAUGUUUCUUAACGAAUUGAUAGGAAAAGACGUCACUUAUGAAGUAAAAUUGCCUGAACCUCUUAAAAAGAAAGCGAAGUUUCUUGAACGUAUAUUUGAAGCAGAUAAUGAGAAUAGGAUGGCAGAUAUAGUUGGCGACAUGUCAGAGCAGGAAUUAUUUAACAUGACAGUUCGUAAAAGAUUAAUGUUGGUAAGAGAUUUUUGUAGACUGGAUGAAUAG